CUUUGCAGUUUUGUAAUGUUACCUCUACCAGGUAUCUUACACUAAAAACUACAUCGUUUUCAAAGGUCCCUUUGUGCUGUUGCCAUGGCUGCGUCUAUAAGUUUUGAUGCACUGCAGGAAGGCCACGGUAGGUUCCAUGUGUUGGAGCACAGCUGGAUGGCAGUUAUUUUGUUGGAAGUCCAACAUCAUAAAUAACUAGAAAUAAGUCACAACACUGCUGGUAUAAUCUUCAACAGAGACAAGGCAACAUUGUCAAGGACAGCAUCUGCUGUGCUGGAAAAUCAACGGAAACAUGAUUCCAAUCGGAGAAUUUCGCCAGUUUUCUGAGCUGCAGCCAGCCUACCGUGUUCUCAAACCCUGGUGGGAUGUCUUAAUGGACUACCUCUCUGUGGCUAUGCUGAUGAUUGGAGUGUUUGGUUGCACAUUGCAGAUCAUGCAGAUAAAGAUAGUAUGCCUUCCAAAAGGAAUACAGAAUCUUCACAACUCUAUAUCUAGUAGUGAAUCCAAUUCUCUCGUAACUAAUAAGUCAGCGGCACCUGGAAUAUUGGAAAUGAAGGGUCUAAAAACAAACUUAGACUUUCAGCAGUACAGCUAUGUAAAUCAAAUGUGCUAUGAGGUUGCCAUUCAUUGGUACACUAAAUAUUUUCCUUAUCUGGUUCUUUUUCAUACUUUAGUUUUUAUGCUUUGUAGUAAUUUUUGGUUUAAAUUUCCAGGCUCAUGUUCAAAAAUUGAGCAUUUUAUAUCAAUACUAUGGAAAUGUUUUGACUCUCCCUGGACAACCAGUGCCUUAUGCAAUGUGUCUGAUGAGGGUUCAGAAGAUAAAAUUACUACAAAAAACAAUGAGGACAAAACUUCUGUAAACCAGCCAACAAAUCAGAAUGCCUUGGAGAUGUCAUUAUUUGAGAGUCCUACCACAGAUAAGGCUCCUGUUGGAGCGUUAGAUAAAAAGGAAAGGGAGCAAGCCAAAGCCUUAUUUGAGAAGGUAAAGAAUUUUCGACAUCAUGUGGAAGGAGGCGUUCUGCUUUAUUCCAUGUAUACAUGUCAAACAAUACUUAAAGUGACCAAUUUUCUGUUUGUUAUUGGAUACAACAGUGCUCUAACUUUUGAAGUAGAGUUUACUGUGCUUUGUAAUGCUGACUUACAAGGCAUAACUGGCUAUACAUAUUUCUAUUGCAAUCGUCCAAUGGCUUAUCUCUUUUCUAAGCUCUCUUUCUUCUACCUCUGUGUUGUUGGUGUUUAUGGCUUCACAUGCUUUUUUACCAUAUACUGGUUAUUCUAUGGCCACUUAAAAGAAUAUUCUUUUGAAUGUGUUCGUCAGGAAGCUGGCAUCAAUGAUAUCCCUGAUGUCAAAAAUGAUUUGGCCUUCAUGUUCCACAUAGUAGAUCACUAUGAUUCUUUGUUUUCCAAACGAAUGGCUAUUUUCCUCUCUGAAACAAGUGAGAACAGACUAAGGCAGCUGAACUUAAAUAAAGAAUGGAAUGCAGAAAAACUGAGGGAGAAACUUGAAACAAAUGCAUGCAAUCUUUUGGAGUUAAAACUGCACAUGAUCCCUGGCCUUCCAGAUGCUGUAUUUGAAAUAACAGAGCUACAGUCAUUAAGACUGGAAAAAAUGAAUAAUAUUAUGAUACCAGCAACCAUUGCUCAGCUUAAUAAUUUGCAUGCAUUAUUUUUGCUUCAGAGUACUAUAAAGCUUCACACUGCUGCCUUCGCUUUCCUAAUGGAACACCUUCAAACGUUGACAGUUAAAUUUGAUAACAUUCAACAAAUCCCACUGUGGAUAUAUGGCUUAAGCUGCUUGGAGGAACUGCAUCUGAUUUGUUCACAAAGCCCUGAUGUAGCCAAAAACAUCACAUUUGAGUCAUUCAAAAACCUAAAUAACCUUAAACACCUGUUUAUAAAGAGCCAGUUGUCUGGUAUCCCUCAAAAUGUUACUGAUAUUUCUCUUCAACUUCAGAGAUUUUCCAUCCAUAAUGAGGGAAUAAAGCUGGUUAUACCCAACAGUUUAAAGAAAAUGGUCAACCUUACAGUUCUGGAGCUCAUACAAUGUAACUUAGGGCAUGUACCUAAUUCUAUUUUUAGUCUACGUGCACUGAAAGAGCUGAAUCUAGAGGGAAAUAACCUUAGGUCUAUUCAAGAAUUAGCUAGCUUUCAACAUCUACACAACCUAACCAUCUUAAAGCUUUGGCACAACAAAAUUGCAAAGAUUCCAGAUCAUAUAAACAAACUGACAAACUUGGAACAGCUGAAUCUUAGCCACAAUAAUAUAAGAGAGAUUCCACAUAGCUUGUUUUUGUGCUCAAAACUCAGGUACCUAGAUUUGUCCUACAAUGACAUUUGCAUUAUUCAACCUUAUAUUUGGAUGCUUCAGUCUUUAAAGUAUUUUUCAAUUAAAUGCAAUAAAGUGGAAAUCAUUCCCAAUGAACUGUUUCUCUGCAGGAGGCUCGAGACUUUGAAUCUUGGGAAAAAUAAGUUACAUUGUCUUUCGCCAAACAUUGGGAAUUUGGAGUUUUUGUCACACCUGGAUAUUAAAGGUAAUUGCAUUAGAGCCCUGCCACCAGAGCUUGGUUGCUGCAAAUCCCUGAAUAAAAAUGAGCUUAUUAUAGAAGAUAAUAUGAUGGGAUGUUGGCAUUCAUUGUUACUGAACAAACAAAUACAGAACAAUUGAUUUUUAGAAACUUAACACUAGUUAUUAUC